AUGAUCAUCGUCUCCGACGUGGUGACAUUAAGAGAUCGUGGCAAGUACCAGGGAGUCCUGGGUGCGUCUUUGGGAAUGGGAAACGUCAUCGGGCCCUUUAUCGCAGCGGCCUUUAUCAUGAAAUCAACUUGGCGAGGCUUCUUCUGGCUGAUUUCUCCUCUGUCGGCAUGCUCAAUUAUCGUUGGAUACUUCUUGAUCCCAAACAAUGCCCGGCAGGAUGGCCUCAGAACGAACAUGCGUCGGAUUGACUACUACGGCAUUCUUGCCUCUUCAAUCGGGAUCAUAUUCUUACUGAUUCCCAUCUCCGGCGGUGGUUCUUACUUUGAGUGGGACUCUGCCAUGGUGAUCAGUAUGCUUGCGAUUGGAAGUUGUUCCUUGAUUGCCUUCAUUUUUAUUGAAUGGAAAGUGGCGUCACUGCCCAUGCUUCCCAUUGUCUUCUUUAAGAACAGAGUUCUUUGUGCACUGUUCAUUCAAAGCUUUCUCUUGGGAGCGGUCUACCAGGCAUACCUUUAUUAUUUACCAUUAUACUACCAAAACGCUCGAGGAUGGUCUCCGAUUGUGUCUGCAGCAUUAACGGCACCUAUGGUCACCUGCCAAUCGUUGUCUUCCAUCGCUUCUGGGCAGUACAUUUCACGAUGCAAGCGAUACGGAGAGGUCAUCUGGCUUGGUUUUGGUCUUUGGACGCUGGGCGCUGGCUUAACCCUGCUGUUCAAUGUCCAUACUAGUCCUGGUGCGAUUGCAGUCAUUGUCGGUGUGGUAGGGAUGGGUGUUGGAUUCACUUUCCAGCCCACCCUGGUCGCCAUGCAGUCGCACUGCACAAAGUCCCAACGUGCCGUGGUUAUAUCAGAUCGGAACUAUUUCCGCUGUCUCGGGGGUGCGUGUGGACUGGCCGUCUCUGCUGCUCUUCUGCAAGCAACGCUUCGGUCCAAUCUGCCCGAAGGAUACCAAAAUUUGGUGCACUCGACUUAUUCGCUUCCCUCCCGGUCAAACGUUUCGGAUGCAGACUGGGCUAGUAUACUUGCCGCAUACGCUAAAGCGUCGCGUGCAGUUUUCAUCCUGCAAAUACCUCUUAUUGGAGCGGCGUUCCUGGCUUGUGUAUUCAUUCGGGAUCGUGGUUUGGAGAGAGUCAAAGAGCCCGAGGAGGAAAAGGCAGAAGCGCAGCAGAAAGCACUUGAAGAAUAUACACGUACUUUGGAACAGCGCAUUGCGUAUCUAGAGUCUCAAUUAGAAGGCAAAAUAGCCAGCAGCAAUGCUAGCAACAACGCCACUCAUCCCGUUGCUGCUUUACUAUCGCCUCAGAAUCAGGAUACUCCUCAGACAGGCUCGAUGGCUGGGAUUGAUAAUAACCCAGUCGGUGAGCUGGCGGGAUUCCUCGCUUUGAACCCCUCAGAGGCACCUGCAUAUGUGGGCUCUAGCUCUGGGCUUUCCCUGGCUGCAAAUCUUGGAGAGAUGGUUCAAGCAACGGUGUGGAAUCAGAUCCUCUCCCCUUUCUACAGCCAACAGAAUCAAUCUUCUAGAGGUAAUGGGGUAGAUUCAGGACCAAAGUCUACCGGCUUCCCCCCUCAACCACCGCAUGCUCAGAGUGGCACUCGGAAUCGAGCGUCCAGGGUAGAGGAGGUGCUUGCAAAUAGUGCUGAGCCACCGAAUGAUGUCAUGGGGACGAGGAUCUUGAAUGCAUAUCUCACAAGGCUUCACGUCCGCUAUCCCUUUCUUGACAGGGACGAGUUGUGGCGGUUGCAUGGGGAUCGCUGCAGGCUAGCAAAGGUCAAACGUGAGGAGCUUUCAAAGGCUGAAAGGUUUGGGAUAUUCAAAAUCUACGUGGUAUAUGCAAUCGGAGCGACCCUGAUCCAGUUGAGCGAGAAAUACACAUAUGUGGCUCCUGAGCGAUUUUACAUGACCGCUCUUCAACAUGUGCCAGCAAUGUGUGAAACACGAUCGGUGGAGAAUAUAGAGGCCAUGACUCUUCUUGUAGUGUACCACCUUAGAUCUGCAUCAAAUCAUGGUAUGUGGUACAUGGUUGGUCUUGCCAUGCGUACUGCCAUUGAUCUUGGACUUCAUCGGAAAGCAAACGAGGCUCAUCUUGAUCCUUUUACUGCUCAAAUGCGUCGGCGGCUGUUCUGGACGGUCUAUUAUCUAGAAAGAGUCGUGUCGAUGUCUCUUGGGCGACCGUUCAGUCUUGCAGACAGGCAUAUCGAUCUUCCCUUACCGUUGGAUGUGGACGACGAUGUGCGUGAUCCAGCGCUGUUGACCAACCGUCAACCAACGGAUAGACUGUCGACUUUGACAUUCGCAAUAUACUUGACUCAGCUACGUCGCAUUGAUUCCAAAAUCCAACACAAAAUCUACCGGGCGGAUCAACCGCUGCAUGCCCUUCGAUCGAAAAUGGAUGGCCUUUUCUUCGAACUGCAAGAGUGGAAGGAAUCCGCCACGGCGCGUUUCAGUGGGCCUGAUCUUGACUAUCCCAUGCUUCAUUAUAACAGGGCGCUACGGAUACUGAUCCAGCCCUUCUUACCUUCUCUUCCCCUCUCUGAUCCAUAUUAUCAUAUCUGUCUUCGGGCGGCCGGGGAUAUUUGUCAGACUCACAAAAAACUACAUCAAACACCCGGGUAUGGCCACUCAUUUCUGGCAGUUCAGACGGUCUUCAUGGCAGGCGUUACCCUUUUGUAUGCCUUAUGGACGCAUACGGAUGAAAUAUGGUCAGUCCAGAUGAGCAACGACAUACGCGCGUGCUCGACCGUUCUAUUCGUGAUGGGAGAACGAGCAGCAUCAGUCAAGAAAUACCGCGACGCAUUCGAGUUACUUGUCAACGCAGCCAUGGAGAAGCUUGAAGGCGACGAAACUGCCAAGAGUGUCGGUAUGGCCGAACUGAUGACUGCCCAACAAGGUGGGAAUACCUUCCCCGGAGCUGGAACUGGCAUGUUCAAACCCGAAGAUGUUUCCACGACGAACCCACUGGGCGUGGCAUCGGAUGGGGGCUGGGGAUCGCAGAUGCAGGCGGACUGCGAGAACCACGGGGUUCGGAUGGCGAUGCAACUUGCUCCUUGGAUAGACCUGAACCAGGAGAGUCAGUUGUGGAUGCCUGAUUUUGAGACAUUUGAAAAUAUGUCUGGUACACUUUGGGGAUGCGGAGAUUCCACUCCAUUUGAUGCGCUUUGA